GGGCAAGCGGGGUACCAACCUACCCUACCAACCCCAUCUAUCUUUUUUUCAUUAUCCCAGGGAUCUCCGCUAAUACUAAUGGCAUCGUAAAUCUGAAGUCGAUGAUGAAAAACAUCAAGCAGUCUCAGCCGCGCAAAAAAGCAUGCCAGGGUUGUACGACCGCCAAGGUUCGGUGCGACCUUGCGAAGCCGAGCUGCUCGCGGUGCCGAGCACGUGGUAAGCAAUGUCGGUAUUGUUUGGGCUCGGUCUGCUCGGAUGGCCUGGGUCUAGGUCACCCCACGACGUUGGGUAACACAAGCUCCCUUGAUGACAGCCUCAGCUUUCAGCCAAUCCUUACGGGGGGUUCUACGGCCUUUGCCACUGCAGAAUUCCUAAGCCCCAUCUCUGGCCAGGCAUCGGAGAUACUACCUAUUGGUCCUGAGCCUGAAGCAACGCCCACAGUGGACACUUGCUUGGACUUUGACAAUAUUGAUCUUAUGCCAAUGACAGAUGCAGAAGAGAUCCGAGAUCGCUGGUUGCGCACUUACCUAUUUUCUGCCACCGGAGAGGUGCCUAAGCUGUUCAGCCUCUUCACUGUCCAAUUUGUUACCUGCGUAUUUCGUUCAUAUCCCGGCCGUCUCAUUGAGAGUCAUGGCCUUCCACCGUUUAUUCAUCCACUGCAACUCAGCAAUAAACCGAUGCCUGGAACGAUGGCCAAUUGUAUUUCUCUGGUGCGCAUGUGGAUGAACAGAGUCGCCGGAAGCGAAGCGAUGAUAUUAAGUACCGUCAAACAGGAGAUGGAGACAAUAUCCCGUGGGGAUGCGAUAGGUGAUCUCGAAACUGUAUGCGCUUUCCAGGCGUAUCUCAUCUAUUCAAUUACAGCCUACUUCUUCCCGAUCGGUAAUACGUCUCUAGUCGAUGACUCGACUUUGAUAACCAUACAAAACUUGGCCUUUCGCACCGCGAAGACAGGUUUUACCUGCAAAGCGGAGCUGUCACACAUGGCCCCAACUUGGGAAUCUUGGAUCAUUGCCUCGUCCAAGCGACGUACUUUACUCACGAUGUAUCUCUUCACGAAUGUGUACAAUUUCGACAAGGGUAUCCCGAAUUUUUUAUCUAAAGAGUUGGGCAAUACACUCGCUCCAGAGAGCAAGGUAUUGUGGGAGGCAUCUGACCGGCUUACUUGGACAAAGGAGUACAAUCGCUACCUCUCAAAGUGGGAAGAUGGACUGCUGCAGAUUUCGGAGCUAUGGAAGUCGCCGGAGACGGGCUCGGAGGCAAAAAGAAGGCGCAUUGAGCGAUGGUUGCAAGCGACAGAUGAGUUUGGAAUGAUGCUCUUCGCGGUUUGUGCACAUCUCCAUGGGUGUUAGCCGUCCUGAGGGUGUUGGAGACAGAAAUGAUCCGCUGAAUAAACUGUAUGGUUAACGAAGAACGACUUUUGGGAUCUCAAUUCGCCCAAGCGUAGUCGUGAAGUAAAGCCUUAUUCAUCGGGCCCGAAUAAUGUCUGCCUCAGAGGUGUUAGUCAAGUCAAUUUCUCAGAAGUGAAGCUCGUUCUUUUUGGGAUUCCCUCUGGGAGUUGUCCCUGGGACUGCUGGAUCGGCGGACACCAGAUGGUGUUGUCAACAUGCGACUUACUAGGAGCAUCGAAAUUUGACAGAGGAAGUGGCGUUUUUAAUGCUGCUGGAGCAGAGAGUGAAGUCGUAAAAUAAUGCACAUCGAGAUAAUCAAAAUGUCCGAGUUCUGC